AUGACUAGGUCAAUAAAAGUGUAUGAUGACAUCAUCAUUAGUAUUAUAAAAAUCGAUGAUUAUGACAUCGAAAAAUAAUAUUAUUACAUAAUGGAAAAGACAAUCCUUGCCAUAGGUUUAUUGAUGUUAGUGGGAACACUUUACAACGUUCAAAGCACUCCAGAGCUUUAAUUGGCUGCUUAAUUCACCAAUUACUAAGCCACAUUCAACAAAUAAUACUCUGGAUCUGAACUCCUUUACAGAUUAUAAGUUUAUGAGGCCAACCUUGCUGACAUCAAGGCCAGAAACCAAAAGCUCGGAAGAGAAAUCUUCGGUGAAACCUAAUUCACAGAUCUUACCGAUGAAGAAUUCGCUGCCACCUACUUGACCCUCAAAGUCAACCCUGAUGAUUUGGAAGUACCAAAGGCUUAAUUCGAAAAUGUCAAUGCUACACCAAUCGAUUGGAGAACAAGAGGUGCAGUCAAUAAGGUCAAAGACCAAGGAUAAUGCGGAUCAUGCUGGGCUUUCAGUACAACUGGUGUCUUGGAAGGAUUCUACAAGGUCUAAACUGGUGAAUUACCAGAUCUCUCAGAAUAAUAAUUGGUUGAUUGCUCAACUUUGAUUGAUUUCAACUAAGGAUGUGACGGAGGUAUGCCAUCAAGAGCCUUGAACUAUGUCAAGAGAAACGGUCUUACCACUUAAGAUGCUUAUCCAUAUGAACAUAUCUAAAACAAAUCCUGCAAAAUCAAGGGAGGUGCCUACAAAGUCGCUGGAUCAACUGCUAUUGCCGCUAACGAAGCUGCUCACUAAGCUGCCCUCUAAAACGGACCAAUUUCAGUCGCUGUCAAGGCUUCAGAUUGGAAGAACUAUAAACCCAAAGGUGACGAUUUCAUCUUCCCAGAUUCUGCAUGCACAGGAGAUGUCAACCACGCUGUUUUGGCUGUUGGUUUCACUUCUGAAGCUCUCAUCGUCAAGAACUCAUGGAAUACCGUUUGGGGAGUCGAUGGAUACAUCUACCUUUAAGGAGGAAAAAACACUUGCAGUGUUUGGGAUAACUCAGUUGUUCCAAAAUGAUAUAUAACAUUAUCACAAAUAUCAAUUCCAUAAUAAAU